AUGGAGGAAAUCAGACAACAACCAAGUGGAAAGUGCCCAACGCUUUCGGAUGCAGAGCAAAACAUGGCGUCGAUCGUUAGGCUGAGCAGCUUUCCGGACGAAGUCAUAUGCCACAUUCUCUCUUUCCUCCCCACUAAGCGCUCGGUGGCGACCAGCAUUCUCGGAAAAAGAUGGAGGUUACUAUGGGCCCAUCUACCCUCUCUGCAUUUCAGUGUAAUCGAUUUCAAGGAAGAAGGAACACAAGCCUCUGACAUCAUCCACAUGGUUAUAUUGCGGCACAAGGCAAAAAGAAUGGAAACUUUGACACUCGAUUACGUCAAAUGCAACGAGUAUCAACUGGAGACAUGGAUUACGACAGCCAUCGAGCGUGGGAUUCCGAAUCUUUAUCUUGAGCUUGACUUUGAUACAUUCCCUCGAUCCCUCUUCAACUGCAAAACCAUUGUCGAAUUGAAGCUUGAUAACAAUAGCACACCACUCUCUGCUCUAGAGAAUGUCUCUCUACCUAGCCUCAAGAAGUUUUAUGUUUCUAAUCUUAUAUGCGAGAAUGAUGAUGCACUUCAUCGCUUUCUUUCUGGCUGUCCGUCGCUCGAGGAGUUGAAUAUGGCAGUCCACUUUGGAUAUAAUUAUGUGGGCUGCGUAGAUAUAUCAUCACCCACAAUAAAGACUCUUAAGCUCGAUAUUGGCAUUUUUUUUUCUCGAUAUAACCUUGAAUAUAGGAUUAUAAUAAAUUCCCCGGCACUUAGGUAUCUCAAAGUGGAUGGCUGUGCUUUGGAGUUUCUAACAAUUCCUAUAACCAUGAUCUCCUUAGUUGAGGGGGAUAUCUUCUUCAGAAAUAAUUCGUUCUUAAAGCUCAAAACGAAUUACAAUUCAACGAUAGUGAAGUUUCUUCAUUCUUUGUGUUAUGUGAAGUGCCUAAAGAUAUCAGUUUGGGAAUUCGAGGAGUUUAUGCAUAGAGGAGUUGCUGGUUCAAGUGUAAAGUUUGAUAAUUUAACCAAACUUGAACUCCAAGUAGAUGUUAAGUGGAGUUUGCUGGUAAAGUUCCUCGAAGUUGCCGAUAAUCUUGAAGUCCUUACUGCGUCUUUUGAAAGAAAUUACAUGGAGGAAUCGAGACGAUCGAGUGAAAAGUGGCCAAUGCUUUCGGAUAGAGAGCAAAACAUGGCCUCGAUCGAUAGGCUGAGCAGCUUGUCGGACGUAGUCGUAUGCCACAUUCUCUCUUUUCUCGAGACAAAGCUCUCGGUGGCGACAAGUGUUCUCGGAAAAAGAUGGAGGUUUCUAUGGGCCCAUGUACCCUGUUUGCAUUUCAGAGGGAUCGAUUUCUGGAAAGAAUGA